ACGUAAUGUAGUUUCGUCUACUUUCAUUCCACCCAGCUUAUCAUCCAUUCGAUACAACUCGGUCGAGUGAUACGUGCGCGUCUCCGGUUCGAGUAAAACGCGCGCCCGUGUGACUUGCUGAUUUUCGAUCGCGGAAAAACGCACUAAGAAAUAAUUAAAGAAAAAAAAACAGUUAUUCUGUUUCGAAAAAUUGAAAUUUUGCCUGUUGACACCAUUCUUCAAAUUGGCACAAUUGAGGAAACCAUGAGUUGAGGAAAUUUGCGAGUAAAAGUGGUCUGCAAUUGGUCUAGUGUCGCGAUCGUACUGUCAGCAAUUCAUCAAAGUGAUCUUGUGUCUCAGCGCGGUGUUUAGGAAGUGAAUAUUUUCCACUUGUUGCUGAUUUUGGCCUAUACAAGUCUGAGUCCAUAAUGUGGAAGCUAACUGUGAUACUAUUGUCACUCGCUGGACCAAUUCUCGGAGCUUCAAUAUUCCAUUGUCCUGAAGGGACUACCUGUCCAGAAAAAGGAUCAGUCAUAUCACCAUCUUUCCAGUUUCUGGACAAGCUGGGACCAAAGCAGUUCCAAACCAUUUUCAAAUUGUCCAUAGUCAACGCAUCACUUAGUAAAAUACCCGCUGAACUGAAAUAUGUGAAGAAUUUGGAGUACUUGGACUUAUCAGGGAAUAGUAUCCAACUCCAACAUAUACCCUCGCUGGUGAAUUUAAAGACUCUCAAACUAGCUAGAAAUAAUAUCAAAGACAUUAUACUGUCCUUACUGCCUAAACAUAUUGAAGAUCUUGACCUAUCAAAUAAUCUUCUUUCGCAAAUACCGCGAGACUGGAAAGCGUUGAAGGAGUUGAAAACCAUUCAUUUGCAAAAUAAUCCCCUUGAUUGCAAUUGUUACAAUGAGAAUAUUUUGUAUAACUGGAAAUUCAUUAAAGGGGGCGUGCAUAUGCCGGAACCUGUUAUUUGUGCAGCGCCCAAACAUGCUGCCGGGAAGAAUAUUAAUAUAAUUAAUUGCUCGAUAGAAGAUGAUAUGAUUAAUGAUCAAGAGGAAGGAUCUGGAAGUCAUAAAGAUUUCAUUGAAAAUGAACCGACAACGAAAGUACCGUAUCUCCAUGAAGAGGAUGAAGUUAAGGUUGAGGAGAAUGAAAUCAUUGAUGACCCAAAUUAUCUGCCGGUUGAAGACGAGCUUAUAAGCGUUGUUAAUGCAUCCGCAGUAGAAGAGCAUGAUGAAGGGAGUGGUGACGAAGGUAGUGGAUUCCUUCCAUUAUGGGACUCUGAUCCCGUCAAUGCGUGCGUCUUUAAUUGCUCCACUCCAGUGCCGAUAGGCGUUGAUGAUGACCAAGAUGAUACUCGAACCGGACCGGCCGAUCCAAUAAAGGUAAUUGCUGAAGAUUUGUAUGAUUCUAUAUUUGAAGAUCUAAAUCCCUCAACUUCCACAACUGCUGAGUCGACUACAGCAAUAUCUAGCUCAACUCCACCUUCCUCCUCAAGCGAAGUAACCGAAGAAAUAAUAAAAAAAGAAUCAGAUCCUGCAGUUUACAAAGAAUUCGUCAACAAUGACGUGGACAUCCUAUCGAAUGAUACACGUACUGGAGAAAUGGAAAAAGCCACUGCGUUAAACCAAAACAACUAUGCUGUAUAUGUUGUUGUUGUAUGUGGGCUCUUGCUGGCAAUUAUUUUCUCCAUAUGUUUAGUAAAGAAACGACAGACGAAAAGACUGAAUAAAAAGCGUCGUGAGCUUCCAUCUGGAUUCGGGGAGGAAAUGAAACCAUUAGAAAAACCCUCAAUCAAACCAAUCAAUGAGAAAAAUGGCAAGCCAGUAAACCACACAGCUGAACAGAUUCCAUUAGUCAAUGGACAAAACGGCAAAGCUCGGGACGAACCUGUUUUAACGUCGUACAUACCUUUGGAACACCCAGAAAGCACCAUAGAUCUUAACCAUGAUACGGACUCGGAUGAACCAACCAUACGCCCGAAAAAUCUACUAUUAACCCCAAUGACUGAAAGAGUAACUAUAAGGGCUUCAGAAAUUCCGGAAUCAAUUCCCAAAACCCCAGUGUUUAUCCAUCGUCAAAAAAACAGUGAAGGCGAAAUAAUCACUACCGUAGUCCCUCCAUGAACGACACACAGUGUUCCCUCAGUAUUGCUAGACCGGAACUUGAAUGUGAUAAAUUUUUAAUUAACUUAUUUUUAUGUGUUGUUCCUAUGGCUGUAAAUAAUAGACGAGUGUUGAUAUCAGCUGAUGAAUAUCAAUCAACUCGAUUUCCUUAUCUCCUUCAUUCAUUAGGAAUAUAUUUUUGGGUUGUUUUCAUUUGGAAAAAUGUACAGUGCACAUUUGUUAAGUCCACCAUUAGGCAAGUCGGCCGAUUCUACAAAGAGUUCUUGGGUAAUAAUGUAAAUAAUAUUUAGAGGAAAGUAGAGUGAUUAGUUUCAACGUCCUUUUUUGCUUCAUUGCAGUUUUUUGUAUGUAUUUAAAUAAAUCAGUUGAAUGUUUCUUAUGGGAAGCACCAAUUCAAUUAAAAAAAUGUAUCUACAGGGUGGCCACAGCUGUUUGGUUGAGCAGCAAUAGAUUUCGUUGAUUUGUUAUAUGUUUAUACAUUCAAUAAAUUUGCACCACAUCUAGCUAGGCGUAGUUACAGCUUGAUUUAAACUAUAUUUUCUUUUAUCCCGACCUUCGUUUGCGACGACUCAAACGUUUGCAAAAUAUUGCUAAAAUAUACGGUUUUUUCCUGAUCUUAUGUAUGUUUCAAAUUAAUUGUUUAUGUACUUAAAUGUACUGACUGUUACAAUAGUUAGCCCACAAUUAAUUUUCCCUCUUUCUAACAUUUAAUUGAUUUUUUGUUAGUUUUUCUGUUGGUUCGAGCUCCAGGAAAAUAACCAGCUUUUUAAAACUAUUUUAGUUCGCAAGUUUUCUCAUACUUUUAACUCUACAACAUUUAAUUGUUGUUGAUUUUCAAGAUGUUGGCUUCCAGCGCCAGGUUCCUAUAAAAUCACACUAAAAAAGAACGAAAAUUGAUCGAGCUCUCUGGUAAAGAACCUGUUUUAAAAACCAUUUUAAUUCGCAAUUUUUGUCAUACUUUUCACUCUACAACAUUUAAUUGGUUUUAAUUUUCAUAAAGUCACACUAAAACUAAUCGAGUAUCGUGUAAAAGAACCCGUUUUAAAGACCAUUUUAAUUCCUAAAUUUUCUCAUGCUUUUCUUUGGUUUUGAUUUUCAAUUUUCAAGCUGUUGGCUUCCAGCGCCAGUUGUCUAUAAAAUCACACAAAAAAACUAAAAUUAAUCGUGCAUCUUCGCAAGUUUUCUCAUACUUUUCACUCUACCACAUUUAAUUGGAUUUAAUUUUUUAUUUUCAAGCUGUCGACUUCCAGCACCAGUUUUCUAUAAAAUCUCACUAAAACACUGAAAUUAAUCGAGCAUUCUGUAUAAGAACCUGUUUUAAAACCCAUUUUAAUUCGCAAGUUUUCUUAUACUUUUAGCUUUACAUUUAAUUAGUUUUCAUAUUCAAUUUUCGAGCUGUUGGCAUCCAGGGCCAGCUUUCUAUAAGAUCACACAAAAAAACAACAAAAAUUAAUCGUGCACGGCAUUUCAAUCCGUAAGUUUUCUCAUACAUUAAUUGAAGAACUGUUAACAUUUGUUCCUGCUUGUAAUAAUGUAUAGUAUUGGUGAUGUGAAAAAAAUGGCAAAUUACACAUUGUUUUGCUUGUAAAACGGAUAUAAAAUGAAUUGCAAAUGCUGAUUUUUCCAUUUUACCUUGUUAUAGCAUAUUAAGAAUUCGCCUAAGUUCGAGCAAAUAGCCAAUGUUUCUACUGAUUUAUUUAAAUGGAUGUAAAGCCAUUGCACAAAAACGCUACUUAGAAGCAAAGUUUUAUUAAAAGUGCUUGUAGGAUUCAAAGUAGAAAACGAAGGCGCUUUUGUGCAAACAUUGUAUGAUACGAAAUAUUAAUAGAAGUAAAAGUUGUAAACAAAGUCAUUAGGGUUUAGUGACGAAUGGUGUAUGUUUUAUAUACGAUCAUGUAAGCUAUUCAGGUUUUUGUCUUAAGCCGCCAAUGGAAUUAUGACUAUAUAGAUAGAGUAACAUAAUAUAUUAGUGUCACGAUGCUUUAACCAAACGAUUAAAGUAUCAGUUACUUGUAGUGGUUUGUAAGACUAUUAUUUAUAUUUAGCUAUUUAUGUUUAUCUGCUGCCAAAGUAAUGUAUAUAUGAAGGAAAAUGGUAUAAUUAUUUUCAAAUAGAAUAUUUUAAAGUAA